CCGGCAGCCCGGGCCGAGACGAUAAACCUUCCCGAUCAACGACAGUCGUUCCUUCCGGCUCCGGUCCCUUAACAAGUGGAAAGAUGCUGAUGCCCAAGAAGAAUCGUGUUGCUAUCUAUGAGCUCCUCUUCAAGGAGGGAGUCAUGGUGGCCAAAAAAGAUGUCCACCUGGCCAAGCAUCCGGAGCUUGCUGACAAGAAUGUGCCCAACCUUCAUGUGAUGAAAGCGAUGCAGUCCCUGAAGUCCUGUGGGUAUGUCAAGGAGCAAUUUGCCUGGCGUCAUUUUUACUGGUACCUCACCAAUGAAGGUAUCCAGUACCUGAGAGACUUCCUCCACCUUCCCCCUGAGAUUGUGCCCGCCACCCUGCGCCGCCAGACCCGCCCUGAGACCGCAAGGCCCAGGCCCAAGG